UUUUCAAGGGUUAUAUAGACUUAACACGAUUUCCUCUUUUAGGCUAAACUUACAACUUCACCAGGCCUCAGAACCUCUUUCCCUCACCCCACAUAUACAUUCUCCAGUGUACAUAGCCUCUCUGUGACAUCAUCAUGCCUCAAUAUCACAACCCCGACCCCACGUGCGUCACAGUGUCUCGGGUUCCAGGCACAUGGCACAGCUGGAUAUCCCUUGAACGUGCAAGGCGAGGGACGCACUCUGAGCCAGAAUGGGAGACUGGAAAGGCUAUAUCAGCGCAGUGCUCCGGGACCAGCGUAUUGACGACGUGGCCAUCGUGGGCCACUCGGACAAUCGCUGCGUGUGGGCAUCACGCCCCGGCGGCCUUCUGGCUGCCAUAUCCCCGCAGGAGGUGGGUGUGCUCACAGGGCCCGACCGCCGCACUUUCCUGCAGGCAGGUCUGAGCAUUGCAGGCCGCCGCUGCUGCGUCCUCCGUGACCACUUGCUGUCUGAGGGCGAUGGCGUUCUGGACGCACGCACUAAGGGGCUGGAUGGGCGCGCCAUCUGCGUAGGCCACACCCCGCGCGUGCUCCUCGUGCUUAUGGGCCGUCGUGGCGCGCACGGCGGCAUCCUCAAUAAGACAGCGCAUGAAUUGAUCAACGGGCUCCGUACGCAGGGCACCUAGCAGGACAGCUAACCUGCCCUCGCAGCUGGGCCAAAAUAAACAGCUGGGCGUGGCUGGUUCAUCCUCUGUUUGUGAGCAUGCAGGGCAGUUGCAGAUGAGGAAACCAGUUUCCUGGAACAUUCUUACAGAGGGGUUACCUAAUGGGGCUGGGAUUCUGAGCCCAAAGGCUUCCCGGCCUCCUGGCCCUCUUUCCAUGAGUGCCCUCCAGAGGCCUCUGGCCUGACUUCCCAGAGUCCUUUCCCAAAAACUUUCCAUACUUCCAAGACACACUCUAAAGGGAGCCCCUCCCACACCCCUUCCCAGGUGCAUCCCAGCUAGACCCAAUGGGGUCAGGGAGUCAGGCUGGAGAUCAGUGUACUUCUCACCCCCUCUACUUGGCAGUAGGAAGCCUUUGCAAGUGUUGUGAGUGGGUGAGGGAACAGGGCUGGUAGCUUGGAGAGCAGCUCUGGGGUCCCCUCCCAGGUUCUUGCAUCUCCUCCCACAUAAUCCAACAAGAGUGGAAAGAGAGCACAAGUCCAAGACCAUCACAAUGAGGUCUGGGACCCUAGAGCCUUCUUUCCCUCUUGGGGUCCAAAGGCCCCAGAGGACUCCCUGGACUGCAAGGAAGAACUUAGGUAUCCCCCACCCCUUGAUCAUCACACUGUAGGCUUUAGCUCCAGGGGCCUUAUGGAAAAGGAGGAAUUGAAAAGUUUGGAUGGAUUAAGGGAGGCUUGAUUAUUGCUCAAAGAUAAAGGACAAAGGUGGGAGGGAAGAUGGCUUGUCCCCACCCACUCUGUGCUGGGGCCCAGGGCCUAGCCUCUCUUGCCCAUCUUCACCUUCCCUGUUCCCUCCCUCUGUGUCUCCCAACAAAGCCCUCACCUGUCAUUUGUUUGCUGGAACUUGUUCUUAUCCCAGAAAGGGGGAGGAAGUAAGGUGGGUGAGUCUAGAGGCAGGGAGAGACCAGAAGUCAGCUGGGUGGGGUGGGUGGGGAUGGUGCAGAGAGCCUUUCUUAUAUUUGCCUUGGGGGUGGUCCCAGGCCCUAGGAGGGACUCCCAGGAAGUCUGAAUCAGAGGUUGGACUCAUUAAGGCAGGG